GUGCAAUAAUCCCUGAGCUGGUACUGAUGGGUGAGGAGUUAGCAAACAAUAGUAUUGUUGGAUAUAUUGCGAUAUACAGUACUAUACUAUCGCAAACAUUUUGUUGUUUAAACAUAAAAACAACAGAAAAUAAUUGUUUGAUUAAUUAAAAAUCCAAACAACAAUCACAACAACGAAAAAUUAUGGGAUUUGAAGAAACUACUGGAAAACCUAUUGAAUGUCGGGCAGCAGUGGCCUGGGAGGCGAAAAAGCCACUAACACUGGAGACAAUCACUGUCCAACCGCCAAAAUCGGGUGAAGUACGUAUCAAAAUUGUGGCCACCGGUGUCUGCCAUACCGAUGCCUAUACAUUGGACGGUCACGACCCUGAAGGCACCUUUCCGUGUGUGUUGGGCCACGAAGGCGGCGGUAUUGUUGAGAGCAUCGGCGACGGUGUGACAUCAGUCAAACCGGGCGAUCACGUUAUACCAUUGUAUAUACCCGAGUGCGGUGAAUGCAAGUUUUGUUUGAGUCCGAAAACCAAUGUUUGCAGCAAAAUCCGGUUGACUCAGGGCCGGGGUCUGAUGCCCGACGGUACUUCAAGAUUUACGUGCCGUGGCCAGACACUCUAUCAUUUUAUGGGUACAUCAACGUUCAGCGAAUAUACUGUUGUGGCCGAAAUAUCGGUAGCCAAAGUUACCGACGAUGCACCCCUSGAYAAGGUSUGUUUGCUUGGUUGCGGUAUUUCUACGGGUGUCGGCGCUGCCCUGAAUACGGCCAAUGUUGAACMGGGCAGCAACUGUGCCGUCUGGGGAUUGGGAACCGUCGGWCUGGCUGUUGCUCACGGYUGYCAACUGAGAGGCGCCAAACGUGUGAUCGGUGUCGACGUAAAUCCGGCCAAAUUUGAAWUGGCCAAACAGUUUGGUUGUACCGAAUUUGUCAAUCCCMGAGACCAUAGCCGACCGAUUCAGGAAGUACUGGUCGAAAUGACCGACGGCGGACUGGACUAUACGUUCGAGUGUAUYGGCAAUGUCCAGACCAUGAGAGCCGCACUGGAGUCCUGUCACAAGGGUUGGGGUGUUUCGGUUAUUAUCGGUGUGGCCGCUAGUGGUCAGGAAAUWAGCACCCGACCAUUUCAAUUGGUAACCGGCCGUACUUGGAAGGGAACGGCWUUCGGCGGCUGGAAAAGUCGUCAAAGUAUACCGAAACUGGUCGCCCAAUACAUGGACAAGAAGCUAAUGGUCGACGAGUUUGUCACUCAUACGAAACAGUUGKCUGAGAUUAACGAUGCCUUUCAACUGAUGCAUUCGGGAGAGUCGUUGCGGACAAUUGUCUACUAUUAAUGAUGAGACAACCGAUUAUAAAACCGAUUAUACAACCGAUUAUUAUUAUUAUUAUUACAA